CCAGCAGGCAGGGGAGGGGGCGUAUCCUUCCCCCCCCUCUUUUCUCUCCCCUUCUGCACAGCGCUCCGAGUCUCCACACUUUGGUACACUACAUACAACCUGCUACAGACGACGCCCAGUGCCGCCGAGACCAAUUCGCUUUCGCUAUUCUUCCAGUUGUUGCUUAGCGCGUUGGCAUCACUCGCCCCAACAACACAAGGAGUGCCAGAGCGAGGAAUAGGAGCGAAGAGGAGGGGUAGGAGAGAGGAAGAGGGGGUGUUAGGUUAUUCCGAAGAAGUAACACUCAAAAACCAAGCCUGUUUUGGAAAAAGGAGGGAAGCGAUCUGCGUCUGAGAUGGCUGAGGUGUCCCAAGAGGAGCGACUCCAGGCCAUCGCUGAGAAACGGAAGAGGCAGACAGAGAUCGAAAACAAGAGGAGACAGCUAGACGAUGACCGCCGGCAACUGCAGCAUCUCAAGUCCAAAGCCCUGAGGGAGCGCUGGUUGUUAGAUGGAGCGCCUGAAGAAGAGGAGACCAAACGCCGUCUACAGGAGGACGAAGUCAAGACCAAACUUCUGGAGCAAGUCAUCCUCAGGCUGGAGCAGGAGAUCGAGGAGCUGGAGACAGGCGUGCCGGCGAAGGGCGUGGCCAAAGAGAACGGAGGUGAGAACGGAGUAGUGCAGAACUCGGGCCAGACCCCAAAGAGAGAGGUGACCGGGGUAGAGGCCAAACUGCUGGGUCCCAGUCCAGACCAGGCCAGCGCAGACAACCCAGUGACCCUCGUUUUCAUGGGAUACAAAACCGUGGAGGAGGAGCAGGAGUCGCGUGCCGCCAUGGAAGGGGUAGACGGCAACGUGAAGGCGGAGUUUGUGGUGAUUGAAGAUGGAGAGGGAAAGGGAGGAGACGGGGCCACAGACGAGCAGGCGCCCCCUAAUGGUAGCAUGGCGGAUAAGGAGAAGGCCAACGGAGCGGAGGAGGAGAAGAAGGAGAAGAAACAGAGCUGCAAGUGCUGCACGGUCAUGUGAGAGCCGAGUCUAUGUGCGUGCGCGUGUGUGUAAGAUUGUAUGUGUGUGUGUGCGCGCGUGUGUGUGCGUGUGUGUGUGACAGGACUGGAUAAAGUAACACAACAAAAGCAGAAACACAGCCAAUAUCAACAAAGAGCCCAAACAAGCUCAAGAACCACAAAGACUGAAAAGUACAACUCGACUUCUCCAAUAUGUAUUUGAAUUUUAAUUUCAAUUGAUAUUUUUCUAUUUUUCUGUCUUGACAUUUAUAUUGUAUUCAUUAUGUAUAUCUUAUAAUGAGACUGUGUACUGUAAAGUCAUUGGUAUUAUUGUUAAAAAAAAAAAAAAAGGAUCAAAUGUAUUAGCUUGCUCUAGCUGGACAAAUCUGGAACUCUCCCAAAAAUGAAAAGGGCACUGUGUAACUUUUCUGGUGGAAGGUCGGUUGCUUGCUUUUCUCCAUGGAGAUAAUAUUACUUUUCCUGGAAUGUUCCAGAGUAUGACUAAACAUAUCCAUCUCGCAUUUAUUUUGUUACCAGGUGUUUUAUUUCUCAAAAAUACCUCAAAAACAUGCAUUCUUACUCUGAGCCAGAACUUCGUAUAUUUGUUUAUUGCCAUAUGUGAAAAAUUCCAGGCAAAGAAUUAACAUCUCCAUGGAGACAAGCAGGUGACACACCCUAAUCCAGAAAAGUUACUUAGUGCACCUAUAAUUUAACUAUGAAGGACACAGUAAAGAUAUAUUUCUCUGUGUAGGCCUAUCUACUAUUUAUCGGUCAAUGUCAUAGUUGCAAUAUUGUCUGAGAUCUUAUUUUGAAUAGUAUUUUAAUAUAUUGAUAUGAAAUUAUGUUUUCUACAAUGUAUUUAUUGUUUUUUGGUUCUGAUUCAUCUCAAUUCAUCCUCUGCAUGUGAGCUUGAAAGCAGAUUACAAUCAUGAAGUGUCUUUGCUUUAGAAAAUCAUCAAUGCACAUGUAUUAUAUUUGAUUACACUGGUCAUUUGUAACUUUUAGGGUUAGAUAAGUUUCACAGCACCAAGACAAAGAAGCAAAGUUAGUGGAUACAGUACGGCGCAAAAGUCUGAUGCAAAUUUAUAUAAGAGAUAAAAAGUUGGAAAAUUAUAAUCAAAUGUAGUUUAAAGGUGCAUUGUGUAACUUUUCUGGUGGAGGGUUCGUGAAAUGCUUUUCUCCAUGUAGAUGUUAUUGUUUGGUCUGGAAUGUUUCACAGUGUGGUAUUAAACCUUUUUAUCAUUAUGGAACCAAACCAGACCAAGUUACAGGUCAAACUUGCGAAGAGGCAACCCCGCUCACAGUCAGAAUAACUGCUUUUGUAGGUAUUUUUGAGCUAUAAAACCACCUGUAAUUGGUAAAUGUAAGGUAGAGCUGUUUAAAGUCAUACUGUGGAACAUUCCAAGCAGAACAAUCAUAUCUCCAUAGAAACACGCAGGUGACAGACCGAGACCCUCCACCACAAAAGUUACACAAUGCACCUUUAUGCUUGAAUACCUUCUUGUUUAGGGUGCUUAAAGUGCACUAUAAAUGUUCUGGUGUCCGUGUAGUUACUUGUAUCCAUGGAGAUGACAUUGCAUUACCUGAAAAGUUCCACAAUAUGGCUUUAAACAUGCCUAUCUUGUUCUUUCCUUUAUCCUUUAUCUAACCAGAAAAGUGCCACUGAGAUUUGGAAUGUCAUUUUUAUUGCUCCAAAAUAAGUACCCUUACUUAUUCUUGCUGGGAGAGAUAGAUACACUUAAUGCGAUGAUGUGGAACAUUCCUAGAAAAGCAAAAACAUCUCCAUGGAGACAAGCAAGUGUCAAACCCUCCUCCAGAAAUGUUAUAGUGCUCGGAUACUCGUUCAAUUUCUCCCCCAAAUCCUACAACUUCUGCACAGCACUGUAUACAACUAUUUAAUUUUUUACUCUAUGACAAAUAGUUUAUGAUCAUCUAUUCCACAUUGUAAGAAACCAUUUCGCAGUGAAUACAAAUGUUUGAAAUACUUUUGUUUCCACAGUUAAAUCUAUGUAAAAACUUAACACUACGGUAGCAUUGCAUGAAGCCUUGCAAAUUCUCCUCACUGUCUGGUCUUUUCAACAUCACCUCCACAUGAAUGUAACUGAGCAGGGGUUAAACUGGGACAACCUUUGUAACAUCUCUCUGGCUUGUUCAGCUUGCCUUUAUUUUAUUAUUAUUAUGAAGAUAAAUAGCAUUUUUCUCUCUUCAUGAACCAAAUAAAAUGUUGCGUAUAUGUAUUAUUCACUGUGUGUGGUUGGCUGCUGUGUUCUUGUCCUCCCAGUUUAACCCCUGAUUCGAGAUUUUUAUUUAGAUGCACUUAGUUAAACGUGUAAAAUUACAAUAGUUUAGGUGUACCCAGGUAGCUUUUUGAUCUGAAGAAAACCUUUAGUAAAAUUAUAUCAAAACACAUUACAUAUAGUGGCCAGUUGAGACUUUACAAAUGAUAUAGGUCAGUGAUUCUCAGCCACUAACAAUUAAUUUACUACAUUUUAUUAUCACUUUUAUUGUCAAAAAAUCUUCACAACAAACUCAAGUUGGUGCUAUUGCUGUGUCUAGCUGUCUGUCUGUCUCUUCUUCCAUCCAGUUCUGAUCAAUGAGAAGAGGAUUGUGGGUAAUCUUCCUCUUUCUUAGCAUUUUUUGAGAAAGAAAAGUUUAGUACCAGAUGCAUUGUCUCAAGUCUUGCUUCCUAGUUCCUUCAAACAUUCCAGUGGGAGGUUGAUAGGCGUGGACUGAUAAAGUACAGUCUAUGCGUUCCAUAUGUACAACUUGAAACUCUGCUCCUGGUACUUUCACAAUACUUUCUCGUACUUCAUAGUGUAAAAUACAUACAUUUUGUGUAUUGUUGGUGCCUUCGUCCGGUUCAUUGAGUUGGACUUGUCUUGUUUGUUGCCAUUUAUUUAUAUAUAUAUUUUAUUUCUUUCUGGCUCUGCUCCUGGUUUUUCACAGAUCCACCUUAAACACUGCCUUUGAUCCAUGCUUUUAUUUUGAAGAGAUUGCAGCUCACUAUAUAGGACAUAUGCAAACUAUGGUCUCCAAGGAAGGCCGUUUCGAGGACCCAGUUUUUUUAAAAGCAACUUUAGUAGGUUUGUUGUAUUCUGGGAUGCCUGUAUGAUUAAUUGUUGUAAACUUUUGACAUCAUGUAUCCGACAUAUCCUGCUAUAAGCUCCAUGUGUGCAUCAUACUGUUGUAUAUGUGCAGAAAUGUUGCUAUGGACUUUUUGUUGUCGUGGGUCUCCGGGACAGCAGCAGAAGUCACCUUGUGUUUGACCAAUGCCUGUUCAUUCUGUGAUUGUCUCAGUGUUUAAUCUUGAAUAAAACAUUGUUUUCAGCA